CAAUAUCAAUGCCAUUGACACAAUUUCUGGCCAAGCAGUUGCACCGUGGACAAAUGGACGUAAUGCAUCUCAGCAAAUUAAUGCGCCUGAUUUGUUUUAAUAAACGGAGUUUAUGACCGGUGGAGAGGAUACAGAGCCGCAGUAGGCUACCACUCGCUGUCAGGAUUACUGUUUUGUUGUUGAUGUCAUCGGCAGCCUUGUUAGAACUGGAGCGACCGUCAAUUUAUAGUCAGGAUUACUAGAAUAAGAAGAUAAAGCCGACAAUAAAAGUAGCUAGUUUUUUUCCGGCGCACAGUGAGUAUGGGAAUUCUACCGCACUGUGUUCUACUUUUUAUAUUCCAGCAUUUGACGUCCGCUUAUGAUUUUAAAGGACGACUAGACAACAACGGACAGUAUGUAUUUGUGAAAGAUCCUAGUUUGAAUAUCGAAAAGAGAUCUGCAGAUGUAGAAUUAGACCAGUUUGACUCGAAAUCAUCCGACCACAUUCGGAGCAGGAGAAGCGCUGAUCAAGGGGACUGUAAAAGUCUCCAGGGAUUCGACACCAAGUUGACUAACAACACCCACACGUUUUCCUUCAAUGACCUGAGUGGGUCCGUGUCACUGGCCUGGGUUGGAGACGCCACCGGGGUCAUCCUGGCUUUGACAACAUUCCAGGUUCCAUUCUUCAUGUUGAGAUUCGCCCAGUCCAAACUCUAUCGAAGUGAGAACUAUGGGAAGUCGUUCCAGGAUGUCACAAACCUCAUCAACAACACUUUCAUCAGGACAGAGUUCGGGAUCGCCAUCGGACCAGAGAACUCUGGGAAGGUGAUCCUGACAGGUGACGUGUCUGGCAGCCUGGGAUCUCGUAUCUUUAUCUCCAGAGACUUUGGGAACAGCUUUGAACACCAGGACCUUCCCUUCAACCCCCUGAUGCAGAUUACAUACAACCCCAGAGACUCCAACGUACUCCUAGUUAUCAGCAACACUAACGAGCUCUGGCUGUCCGAGGACUUUGGAGAGAACUGGGUGAAGAUCCACGACAUGGUGUGUCUGUUCAAAUGGGGGAUGGACAGUAACAUAUUCUUCUCCACCAGCCUCAAUGGAUCCUGCAAUGACCGGGGGAUGCUGGACUUGAGGAGGACAACGGACUACGGGAAGACCAUCAAGACUGUUGCCACUAAGAUCUUCUCUUUCGGCCUGUGGGGAAAGUUCCUGUUUGCCUCUGUUAUGACUGGAACUGGCACUCUGAGAAUGAUCCAUGUGUCGACUAACCAGGGGGAGGAGUGGAACAUGGCUCAGCUGCCUCCGGUUGGCCACGAGGAGUUCUAUUCCAUCCUGGCAGCCAAUGAGGACAUGGUGUUCAUGCACGUGGACGAACCAGGAGACACAGGCUAUGGCAGCAUCUACGUAUCAGACGACAGGGGUACAGUGUACUCUAAGUCUCUGGAGCGUCACCUCUACACCACCACAGGGGGCGAUACUGACUUCACCAACGUCACCUCUCUACGAGGGGUCUUCAUCACCAGUAUACUGGCAGAGGAUGGCUCGGUGCAGUCCGUGGUGUCCUUCGACCAGGGAGGGGAAUGGGUGCCCCUGCAGAAGCCUGCCAACACCAAGUGUGACUCCACAGCCAAAGACCCCGACGAGUGCAGUCUCCACAUCCACGCAGCUUACAGCACAGCUAUGAAGCUGAAUGUCCCCAUGCUGCCUCUCAGUGAACCAAACGCUGUAGGACUCAUCAUGGCUCACGGGAGUGUGGGCGAUGCCAUCUCUGUGAUGAAGCCUGACGUAUUCGUGUCAGAUGAUGGAGGUUACACCUGGCUGCAGGCCCUGGAGGGACCUCACCACUAUGCCAUCCUGGACUCUGGUGGACUCCUGGUGGCCGUGGAACACUCUACUCAGCCCAUCAAAGACAUCAAGUUUUCCACAGACGAGGGCCAGUGCUGGCACGUUCACCAGUUCACUAGCGAUCCCAUCCACUUCUCAGGGCUAGCGGCGGAGCCGGGGGCGAGGUCUAUGAACGUCAGUGUCUGGGGCUACAGAGACGCUCUGCUCAGUCAGUACUGGGUAUCAGUCACCGUCGACUUCAGAGAGCUGCUCACUAGAACCUGUGAGGACCAGGACUACGUGCAGUGGCUGGCACACUCUGAUGACAUCAGCGACCCUAACGACGGCUGCAUGCUGGGUUAUAAGGAGAAGUUACUGCGUCUCAGGAAGGCCUCGGUCUGCUGGAAUGGACGGGACUAUGAGGUCAACAAGCAACCCACCCCCUGCUCCUGCACCCUGGAUGACUUCAUGUGUGACUUUGGAUACUAUCGUAAAGAGAACAGCUCUGAGUGUGUGGAGCAGCCGGACCUGAAGGGCCACCUUCUGGAGUUCUGUCUGCAAGGCAAGGAGGAGCUGCUGCAGACCAGAGGCUAUAGGAAGAUCCCUGGGGAUAAGUGUGAGGGAGGAACACAGCCGGAGAGAAAAGAGAUAGACCUCAGUAAGAGGUGUGUCAGUGAUCUGCUGGGACCUCAGGAACUACUGAUGGAUGGCCAUCUGUCCAGCUCUGCACCCAUCAUAGUGACUGUUUUAAUCAUUAUGCUGCUCGCAAUCGUAGCUGGGGUCCUCAUCGUCAAGAAGUAUGUCUGCGGUGGCAGGUUCCUGGUACACAGCUACUCUGUCCUACAGCAGCAGGCCGAGGCCCAGGGAGUAGACGAACCCCUAGACAGCAACCACACUCAGGCCAGCAACAUGGCCGACUUCCACGACGAUUCAGACGAGGAUCUUCUGGAGUAACAGGUUGAACAUGCAGCUCCCAAGAGGACCUUCUCGUCUCCUGUCUGUCCUAUACAACCCAGAGACUCCUGCAGCUACAAGGGGAAUCUAGUCUCCUGUCUGUCCUUUACAACCCAGAGACUCCUGCAGCUACAAGGGGAAUCUAGUCUCCUGUCUGUCCUUUACAACCCAGAGACUCCUGCAGCUACAAGGGGAAUCUAGUCUCCUGUCUGUCCUUUACAACCCAGAGACUCCUGCAGCUACAAGGGGAAUCUAGUCUCCUGUCUGUCCUUUACAACCCAGAGACUCCUGCAGCUACAAGGGGAAUCUAGUCUCUUGUCUGUCCUGAGGCUCACUGCUCUACAUCGAAGAACACGUUUCUUCUAUCUGUACAACCAGAGGCUCGCUGCUGCUGCUCUCUCCUUCGCCUCCUGCUACUUCCUCCUUCCCUCCCUCUAACCCCUGACCUUCCAGCGCCUGGCGGAGAGUUGUUCUAGUGCAGCUCUCAUCAUGUGAUCUGAGUGAGACACAGCCAGAAUUCAGCAGGAGAGCAGUGGUGUUGUGGGUGAUUUAAAAAUAAUAAUAAUAAUAAUAAUAUUCUCCAAGUUCCUUUUCUGUUGGAACGGAAUGAUGUGAUGGUUCUGGACUGCUGGUGAAUCUGGAAUCAUGGAACUGCUGUUUUAGAAGCUGUUUUAUGGUCAUUGGGAGUUUCUCUUAAUAUCUACUGUAGCUAGACUCUUCAAACAAGUGAAUGUACACAGCACCAUGACAUUACGGGUUAUUCAUGCCUCUCCCAUUGCUUGGGACUGGGGAUCUUGGGAAAUAUUACGUAUACGUUUCUAUUGAAGACCUGUCCUUUUUCCCCCUCCCCUGCAUUUACAUAAAGAUUUCUCAUUGAUGUGAUUUGGGGUUGGGACUAUGGUAAAUAGGUUGCAGUUGGUUACUGUGGCUUGGUAAAAUUAUUCUACCAAGCCACCCUAUUCUUAACUAUUUUUUUAACUCUUUUGCCUAAAUGAUAAGAUGCAAGUGGAAAUAUUUUAUAAGCAUUUAAAGUUGGAUAGCAAUAACAUGUUAAGAUCCACUGUAUCAACACGCUAAGCUUUCAUAGCUGGAAUCAACCUCUAAAGGGACGAAAUCCUAACGUGAUAAAUUUGUACCUAACUCAAACAUUCACCUCCUAAAUCAUGCAUUGAUGUCAAUGGUGUGAAAAUUAGUUUUUUUUUUUAUAUCUCAAGUUAAGAUUUGGCUAUAUUGGAACAAUAGAAUAAGUCUAUCUAAAUGUUGUAUGCAGUUGUGACUGCCUAAAGCUGUAAAAAACAUCUGUUUGAGUCAGAGGGGGGAAAUGUAGUAUAACAAAUAGCUAUUGGCCUCAUGCCUCAUUUCUCUAAAUAAAUGAUGCUUAUGUUUAA